ACUGAGGGGAGGGGGGGAGCUGAGGGCCGGGCCCGGCCGCACCGCGCCGCUCGGCUGCUGCUGCUGCCACGUAGGCCAGCUCUUAAAGGGGCCGCGCGGGCGGCAGCGCCGGCGCAAGCCGGGCGAAUGGGAGAGGGCGGCCCGAGGGGCCCCGCCCUUCCCGCGCCGCGCGGCCUUAAAGGGGCCGCGCCUCGGGGCUCUCGGCGUUGGGUUUUGGGGUGGGAAUUGGGGUUUUUAGGGGUUGUAAAGCACCGAUGGGGCUGGGCUGGGACUGCCCGCGCCUCUAAAUUGUGUGCCCCGCCGGUAGUGGGGCCGUACUGAGUCCCGUCACACCCCCCCCCCCAGUGGUGCCCUUGUUGCUGCUUCCCUGUCACCGAUUUUUUUUUUUUUUUUCCCAUUUUUAGGCUUUUUUUCCUCUGUUUGAACCGAAAUCCCCCACCCAGGAAACGCUGGGGGCGGUGCGGUGCGGCCCUGCUGCCCUCCAUAAGCACUGACGAAGCUUCCUGCCAGCCCCGCAGGCUCGGCGCCCGGCCCCCAAAUCCCCUGAAGGGAACCGGGGCCAACGGCUGCCCCCGGGGGCUGGGGGGGCUCGGCCCGGUCCCUCAGGGGCUGAUGGAGGGAUACGAGGUACUGGAGCAGCUGCAGCCCGGGGCGCUGGGCACAAUGCUGGUGGUUGAAUCAGAAGGAAAAGGGAGUGAGAAAAAGAAAUAUGUAAUAAAGCAGGUUGAAUGCACUGACAAAAUGCAAGCAAACACGGCCUUGAAGGAGGCAAUGGAUUUGCUAAAACUUCGUCAUUCAAACAUCUGUACUUACAAGGAGUUGUUUGUGACUUGGAAUAAUGAGAUAUCAUCUCUGUUCCUUUGUCUGGUAAUGCAGCACUCAGGCCAAGAAGAUCUUUCAUCUCUGAUUAAGACAAAAAGGCAGAAGUCAGAGAAAAUAGCAGACAUGGUGAUGGUGAAGUUCCUGGGACAGAUGGUGGAUGCUUUGUUUUAUAUACACAAACAAAACAUUUUGCAUAGAAAUCUCAAGCCGUCAAACAUUCUUGUGACUGAUGAAGAAUCCUUCAUGCUUUGUGACUUCAGUACAGAAAUACUUAUGACUGAUGAAGCAAAAUGGAAAAUAAGAGUGGAAGAAAAUAGCAAGGCUUGGAUGGCUCCGGAAACAUUCAAUUUUUGUUUCAGUGAGAAAUCAGACAUCUGGUCUCUAGGCUGUAUUCUACUUGACAUGAUCACCUGCUUUAUUCUGAAUACAGAAGAGAUCACUUCAUUGCUGCAGGAUCUCAGACACAAUACCAGCCGUCUUGAGGGAGUUCUGCCACUGAUGCAACAUGGAGAUAACAGCUCUUUGCCUUUAUUCCCAAUUCUAUUUAUGAUGCUACAGAUUCAGCCCAGCAUGAGACCCACAGCAAAGGAUCUGACUGAUGUUCCAUUUGUUGGGGAAUGCCUGAUUGUUGCUGGUUCCUUUUUAAUAAAACAGAAAAAGUCUUUGUCUCCCUGUAUAAUAGAUGUGCUCCUUGAGGGAGGAAUCGAAAAUGUUCUAGAAUUCAUGCAGGCUUUCUGGGAUGUAGAAGAAGCACAGGCUAGAGCCAUGCAGCACCUUUCCAGCUUUGUAGGAGAUGAAAGUGCCUUGCCCUAUCUGCCAAAAUUCACAGAAUUGAUCACUUUUGCAAUGAAGGCCCAUAUAGAUUCCCUCAAGUUACAAGUAGAUGGUUGCAGUUUAUUGCUUGAAAUUCUUACUCAAGCUCUAGAACAGGAUGUGGUGAUGACCCUGGAUGAGAAUGUGACCAUUUCUCUAUUAGAGAUAGUGAGAAAACACUCUGAAAAUGAAGAGCUUCUUUCAUUGAUCUGCACAUUACUGAUGAUGAUAUCAGCCAGUGAAAUUGCAGCAGAGAAUCUAAGGAAAGCUGGAUUAAUCUCAGACCUUCUGUGGAUUUUAAAAAAUUUUCUUCAUAAUGAACAGAUCUGCCUCUCUAGCUGUGCAGUUCUCUGGAGCUUGGCUGUGAGUGAGAAUAAUGCAGACCAAGCGUUGCUGAAAAGUGCUGUCCCCAUUACCACUGCGGUCAUUCAAGAGCACCUCCAGAAUGGAGCAGUUAUGGAGUCAGCUUGCUCAGCGCUGUGGGCAUUGUCACUCCAAGGAUGCUUAACUGAAAAUGACUAUGAGCCUACAACAGUGCUUUUGCUGGAUGCACUUAGGAUGAACCUGAAAAGAGCUGUGCUAGUGAAGAAUGCCUGCCUGGCAUUAGCAAGCCUUCUAAGGCUAUCUGAAUUAUCAGCUUUCAGCUUUAUAACGGAUUCAAAAGGCAGUGGAAUAAACCUGAUCAAAGAGGCCUACCACUUUCACUGUGAUGACCCAGAAGUGGUGGAAAAUAUCUGUAUGCUGAUUAAUGAGAUGGUUCAGUAUGAUGACAUUGUGCUGGAUAUGGUGUCCCAGAAAAUGGAAGAACUGCUGUCUGAAAUGAAAAGCCGUUUUCCAUCUAGCAUGGAGAUAAUGACCCUUGUGGAUACAGCACUUGUGAAACUGCAAAAGUAAAGUAAACAUUUUUUGUAUAUAAGAACAAAUCUUGUAGGCUUCUGGUUUAGAUAUAAAAGCCUGGAUCCUUCUGAAAUACAUUGAGAAGCUUUUCUCACCACAAGGAUUAAUAUUGGGCCAUUAAUAAUACAUAAACAUGUUUAUGUUCCAUUGGUUUAGUUACAACUGUGAGACCAACAGCAGUAAUUAAGAACUUGCCUUACUUUGUAGACUUUAUAAAUAUCUGAAAUAGAUGUUUUAGCCUCAGGAAUUUCAGUAAAGCAGUAACAAAUUUUUCCUACAUUUAUCAUAAUUUAAAAACACUUUGUUUUUUUUAAGCUCAGUGUAUAUUUCCUUUGCAGAAAUGAACUGAUGAAAUAAUUGACAAGUGCAGCCAUUUGUUACAAGUGUUGUUGAAACACAGUAGUAGGCAUUAGGCAUACAUCCUUUCCAGAAAGGGGAUACUUCAGUAGUAUUCUUGUAUGGCAGCACUCAUGUACCAUGUUGGAAGUGGUACAUGAAUGCUGUAUUAUUAUUUUAUGAAAUAGCUGCCAUUGGUUCCAAGUUGCUCUCUCUAAAUUUGCCCAGAAUCUGACAAGAAAACAGCAAAUGCUGCAGAUAAAAAACACAGCAUAGAAUCAUUCAUGUUUUACAGUUUUAGAUUUGUUCUUAAUAGCAUCUUCCCAUUGCUUUUUCUCUAAGGUGUACAGUCUCAUAGCUGCUUGCGCAUCCUGAACCUGAAAGAAAACAGAACAUACAAGGAGGCUUAACAAAACGUGGCUGAAGAACAUUUAUUAUUAAUAAACAGCUACAUAUCCCAUCAUCUUAAUAAAUAAAUCCUUUCAAGUAGCACUUCAUAAUCUCCUUCCAGAUUUAGAAGCUCUAUUGUGACUAGUGGAGGGGAAUUAAUAUGUACAGCCCACCACGAGGCUAUGCGCUUCUUUCUCUCACCAUGACUUGGAAAGCCAUUAUGAAAAAAUGAUGUAGUAUCUUAGAGGUAACUUCUAAAUUUGCUUUGCUUUUCAAUUCCUCUGUCGUACUUCCAUUUUUUCAGUGUAUAAUAGAAUAUCUGCUGAGAAUAGGCUCUUGCUAUUUUACCUAGCUACCAUAGGUGCAGAACGCUGCUUUUAAAGCAAGCAGUUGAUACUUGGGAUUUUACUUUUUUUUUUUUUUUUAAACUAAGGAUCUUAAAAUAGCAAGAAUUAGCAUUUAAACAAAAUACAGUUGACUUAUACAAAAGAAGUUUAUUAAAAUAAGGAAAUAAUCCAAAUGGUAUGAGGCAUGUAACAGUACGCAAGCUUAGGUGGCAGUCUUAUUACAUGAUGGUGUCCAAGCAGAGCUUGCUAACUUUCAUUGAGAGGACAGAAUGAAGCUGCAGGAUUCUUAGCUGAAUCCUGAUUCUAGAGCUUAUGUGUACUAUCUUACUGAUCUACCCCAAAAUGUACAUUCUGAUGAGAUACAUACCGAGCUGUGCUCUGAUGUCUGCACUUUAACAUUUAGCAGUCUUUCACAGAGCAGCUUCAAUGAUGGUCGUGCAGACUGGAAAUAAAGAAGACUGAAUCAUGCUGUCUCA